AUGGGAAGGCUGGGGGCCCAGCUCAACAAGAACAGCUGGGACCUUUCCAAGCUCCAGAAGUUCGAGAAAAACUUCUACAUCGAGCACCCUCACGUUACCAGCCGGUCUCAAGAGGAAGGAGAUGCCUGGAGGCGAUCGGUGGGCAUCACCAUCCAGGGGGACGGCAUCCCGAAGCCUGUCAUGACCUUCGAGGAGGCGUCGAUGCCCGAGUACGUCCUGCGAGAGGUUUUGAAGCAGGGAUUCCCCAAGCCCACGCCCAUCCAGAGCCAGGGCUGGCCCAUGGCGCUUCUGGGGAGGGACAUGGUGGGAAUUUCCGCCACUGGUUCGGGAAAAACGCUGGCAUUCUUGCUGCCCGCCAUGAUCCACAUCAACGCGCAGCCGUACCUGGAGCAAGGUGAUGGCCCGAUCGUUCUGGUCGUGGCCCCUACCCGAGAGCUGGCGGUUCAGAUUAAGGAGGAGUGCGACAAGUUCGGCGGGUCGAGUGACAUCAAGAACACGUGCGUCUACGGCGGCGUGCCGAAACGGUCACAGGUCUACGACCUCAGCCGUGGCGUGGAGAUCGUGAUCGCCACCCCCGGACGGCUGAUCGACCUACUCGAGUCGGGCAAGACAAACCUUCGUCGGGUCACCUACCUCGUCCUGGAUGAGGCGGACCGAAUGCUGGACAUGGGCUUCGAGCCCCAGAUCCGCUCCAUCGUGAGCCAGAUCCGCCCCGACCGCCAGACUCUCAUGUGGAGCGCCACGUGGCCCAAGGAGGUGGAGGGGCUCGCCAGGGACUUCCUGCGGAACUACUACCAAGUGACGGUUGGAUCUCUAGAGCUGUCGGCCAACAAGGAUAUCCAGCAGGUUGUCGAAAUCGUGGAGGACUUCGGCAAGUACAGGGUCCUCGCCAAACAUCUCCAGGAGCACAACAACGCGGGAAGGGUGCUCAUCUUCGUUGAGACCAAGAAGGGCUGCGACGCUCUCACCCGCUCCCUCCGCCACGAGGGCUGGCCCGCUCUCGCCAUCCACGGCGACAAGAAUCAGAGCGAGCGCGACCGUGUCCUGCACGACUUCAAGGAAGGGAGGUCGCUCAUCCUUGUGGCUACCGACGUGGCGGCCCGUGGGUUGGACGUCAAGGACAUCCGGAUGGUAAUCAACUUCGACUUCCCCAAGGAGAUGGAGUCGUACGUCCACCGCAUCGGCAGGUGCGGGCGUGCAGGGCACAAGGGCACAGCUAUCAGCUUCUUCGCCGGGAAAAACUCCAAGUGCGCGAGGGAACUCAUCAGGAUCCUCAAGCAGGCAAACCAGAAGCCGAGACGACCAAGGCAGUUAGUUGUGUAUGAUGACAACCACAAGGACCAGCAUGCAAUGACCGAAGUCUUCGACCUCAACAAGCCAUCACAAUCGUGUGCUUUUCGAUGA